AUGCUACAGUGGAUCUCGUGGUUCUUGUCGUCGAAGGGCAAUGAGUACUUCUGCGAGGUCGAAGAGGACUACAUUCUAGACCGAUUCAAUUUGACGGGUCUCAACACGGAGGUGCAGCACUAUGCGCAGGCACUGGACAUGAUCACGGACAACCUGGAUGAGGAGAUCCAGGAUGACCUUCGCGGGAACCUCGACCUCCAGGCUCGUCUCCUCUAUGGGCUCAUCCACGCUAGAUGGAUCGUAACGGCGAGAGGCCUGGCAAAGAUGCUCGAGAAGUACAAGCGCGCAGACUUCGGCCGCUGCCCACGCGUGCUCUGCCAAUCACAACCCCUCCUCCCCGUUGGUCUUACAGACGUGCCGUACGAGAAAUCUGUGAAGCUCUACUGCGGGCGCUGCGAGGACAUCUACUCACCCAAGUCCUCCCGCCAUGGCUCGAUCGACGGGGCGUACUUCGGCACCUCCUUCCCCCAUCUCCUCUUCCUCGUCUACCCCAACCUCAUUCCCCCGAAGAGCGGACCCGUGGAGCUCGGUCUUCCCGGACGUGGUGCCGACAUCGAGGGAAGCAGGCGCAGUAGGCGAGUCAGGGAAGAGCAAGACGCGCAGGCUGAGGGCGUGGGCGAGGCGGGCAGCACGGCUGCCGUGGCGCUGAAGGCAGACAGAUACCGACCACGGAUCUUCGGGUUCCAGGUCAACGAGAUCGCGAAGCUGCAGCGGUGGCAAGAGGCCAUUCGGGACAGACAAAUCACACGGCUGGAGGAGUUGGAGGUCAACGCGGCGUAG